AGCGCUUUCUUCUUCUCUGAUCAGUUCUCUCUCUCUCUCUCUCUCUCUCUCUCUCUCUCUAGCUAGGUCUUUCUAGUGUUCAUCUAUCUAUCAACUUCGCUUUGUAUAGUAUUUCUUUCUUAUUAUCAUCUCCGAUCUUAACUUGUUAGCUACUAUAUAGUAUAUAUAUAUAUACCUAAGCUAUUAUCAAAAACCCCAAAAGAGAAAAAGAAAUUCCGUUUGUCUCGGCCUUCGUGUUUCGCUCUUUUACAUGUUUUAGUGUUAAGUAUACAUACAUACAUGGCGAAUCCAUGGUGGACGGGGCAAUUAGGGUUGCAGGGGGUGGUUGAGGCGUCGUCUUCAGCCGCCGCGCCGGGGUUCAAGAAGCCAGAUCUGGGGAUAUCCAACAACGGCGGCGGCGGAAGGGAGGAGGAGGAGGAGGAGGAAGGGGAGAGGGAGGCGAGCGAGGAGCCGAGAGAGGGUGCAAUUGAGGUGGGGACGCGGCGGCCACGCGGGCGGCCGCCGGGGUCGAAGAACAAGCCCAAGCCGCCGAUUUUCGUGACGCGGGACAGCCCCAACGCGCUGCGGAGCCACGUGCUGGAGGUGGCGAGCGGCGCCGACGUGGCGGAGAGCAUCGCGCAGUUCGCUCGGCGGCGCCAGCGCGGCGUGUGCGUGAUGAGCGCUAGCGGGACGGUUACCAACGUAACCCUAAGGCAACCCUCGGCUCCCGGAGCCGUCAUGGCUUUACACGGCCGGUUCGAGAUCCUCUCCUUGACCGGCGCCUUCCUCCCCGGUCCAUCCCCGCCCGGUUCAACCGGCCUCACCAUAUACCUCGCCGGCGGACAAGGCCAAGUCGUCGGCGGCAGCGUCGUCGGCUCUCUCGUCGCCGCCGGCCCCGUCAUGGUAAUCGGCUCCACAUUCUCAAACGCCACGUACGAGCGGCUCCCGUUGGAGCCGGACGAGGAAGAAGCUGCAGCCGCCACCGCUGAACCCCAACUCGGAGGCGGUGGUUCCCCGCCGCCUGGGAUGGCCAGCGCCGGCGCCGGAAUGGGAGAUCCUUCUCCGAUGCCCGGCGUUUACAAUUUACCUCCCAACAUGGUGGCUAGCAAUGAAGCUUUUGCUUGGGCUCAUGGCCGCCCUCCCUACUAAAAGGUCAGCAAAUUAUAAUAAUAAUAAUACCAUUAAUAAUCAUAUAAUACAGAGAUUAGUUUCUUAAUGUAAUGAAUCAUAUGAAGUUAGUUUAUGUGUAUAAUUUGGCUUUUAUUUGUAAAAGUAGUUCUACUUAAUUGAUUACCAUAAUUAAUCUUUCAAGCUUUUAUCUUAUA